GACUCUGCAGAGGUGGCAGCUACAGCCAGGUAGCCUGGAGAGAGGCUGUGGGUCCUCUCCUCACUCCUAGUGACUUCAGCCUGACCCAAGCUACCUUGCUGCUCUGCCUUGUCUGCAAACCUCUGAAGCCCAUCUGUGCUUCAAUGGAGCCCAAAGACCCCUCUGGGAAAGAGAACUCGGGCACCAAGAAAAAGAACCUGACCUUCUUGCGGUCCAGACUGUACAUGCUGGAGAGGAGGAAGACCGACACCAUGGUGGAGGGCGGUGUCUCUGGAGACCACUCUGGGGCCCUGCGGAGGAGCCAGUCGGACAGGACCGAGUACAGCCAGAAGUUACAAGAAAAGAUGAGCCCACAGGCCACUGGCCCCUCGGCUGCAAGCCCGAGCCCCGAGGAGGAGCACGAGGUGGAGAAGAUGAUGGCCCGGCGGGCGAAGAUCAUCGAGGAGCUGAUCCAGACCGAGAGGGACUACGUCACCGACCUGGCGCUGUGCGUGAGGGAAGUGGUUCAGCCCCUGAGAAACAAACAGAUUGAGAGGCUGGACGUGGAGAACUUGUUUAGCAACAUUGAAUCCGUGCAUGAGAUAUCAGCCAUGCUGCUGUCUUUGUUGGAAGAGGCUACGACCAAUGUGGAACCAGCCAUGCAAGUUAUAGGAGAGGUGUUCUUGCAGAUUAAAGGGCCACUGGAAGAGAUUUAUAAGAUCUACUGCUAUCAGCACGGCAAGGCACAGAGCAUGCUGGAGUCCUGCGAGAAGGAGGAGGAGCUGACGCAACACAUGGGUCCCUGUCUCCAGUCCUUGAAGAAAAUAUAUGUCCAAGAAGGCAAAGCCACCCUGCUGGACAUGGGCUCGCUGAUGAUCCGGCCAGUGCAGCGCCUGAUGAAGUACCCGCUGCUGCUGCACGAGCUGCACAGGGCCACGCCGCCCGCGCACCCAGACCACGGGCCGCUGGAGGAGGCCUGCGCUGCCGUGAGGGCCAUCAACGUCAACAUUAACGAGCAGAAGAGGAGGAAAGACCUGGUUCUCAAAUACAAGAAGAAUGAUGAGGACGAGUCACUCAAGGACAAAUUGUCUAAACUAAAUAUCCAUUCAAUUAGCAAGAAGUCGAAGAGAGUGACAAAUCACCUAAAGAUUCUGACCAGAGGAGACUCACAGGUGAAAGAUACUACCUUUAACAAAGAAGAAAAAUUGUUCAGAUCUUUGGAAAAAACUGUGAGGCAAUGUGUGAAGAGCGUCUCAUUGUGUCUGCAGGACAUGCAGGAUGCCCUGCCCCUUGCUCUGCAGAGUGUGACUGAGCUGCAGGAGAUGUCACAGAACCCAGACCAGGAGGAGCAGGGCUCUACAGACACCCUGAAGAUUGCCCCAGACCCCUGCCAUGACUUUGCAACUCGCCUCCAGGGACGCGUCCUGAACCCGUUGUCAGCCCUGCUGUCCUUGUUCCCAGGACCACAGAAGCUCAUCCAAAAACGCUAUGACAAACUGCUGGAUUACAACAGCUACCUGCAGCGGUCCGCCAGAGCCGAGUCGGACCUGGCCAAAAGGGAAUAUGAGGCCCUCAAUGCCCAGCUCCUGGAGGAGCUGCAGGUCUUCAACCAGGCAGCUCGGACGAUUCUGAUGAACGGAGUGUGCCUCUUCGUUAGCCUCCUCAGGGACCUGAUGCUUGCUGCCCAGCAGGGCUACACUGCCAUCCUGCCAGUGCCGCUGUUGGUCUCACGUAUCAGUGAGAUUCAGACACAAGUCCUAGUAGAAAUUCAGAAUCUGAAUUUUGUAAAGGAGAACAGUGCCACCUUUAUUGAGAGGAAACUUAGCUUUGAAAAGAAGAAGGCUAUGCAGAGUCAGCCAGAUAUACCUCGACAAACCGAUACCCAUCGCUCUAAACUUCUGUCCACGUACAGCGCACAGGAGCUCUAUCAAGCUAAGCGCAAAUGCAAUGCUACCCAAGAGCACGACAUCAACCUUCUGGAAGGAGAUUUGGUAGCUGUGGUGGAACAGAAGGACCCCCUGGGGAGUACGAGCAGGUGGCUUGUUGAUAGAGGCGGUGUAAAAGGAUAUGCAUAUUCCUGCUUCCUGAAACCCUACAAUCCAGCAAAAGCACAGAAGGUAGAUGCGGAGAACAGGCACUGUGAUGAUGAUUUUGACAACAUCAGCUUCUUUGUGUCAUCUCGGCCAGCAGGCGACAGUGUCACGGGCACCCCAGAAGGCAGCAUUAGUGACAGCAGCUCGUCGCUGAGUGGCACAUGUGGGAAGUUUGAAACAAAUGGCACUGAUGUUGACAGUUUUCAAGAGGUUGAUGAACAGAUUUUCUAUGCAGUUCAUGCUUUUCAAGCAAGAAGUACCUAUGAACUGAGUCUUCAGGAAUACCAACGAGUCCAUAUUCUUAGAUUCUGUGACCUGAGUGGCAAUAAAGAGUGGUGGCUAGCUGAAGCACACGGGCAGACAGGAUAUGUGCCGGCUAACUACCUAGGAAAGAUGACUUAUGCUUAAGAAGACAAAGCUUUGGCCUUUAGUUCCUGGCAAGGUCGACUGACUACCUCCCAGAACUGACCUUCGGAAACUUCUGACCAAAAGGCAUGGAACUUCCAAACUACAUCAAGUGCUACCACACCAAGUUUGAAGGAACAUCCCCUACGUAACGGAUUAUUUAACAAAUGUAUUGCAAAUGCUAAACCAACAGAAACAGAAAAGUGUGAAUAGUUCAGGUGACCACCAGAAACUACUUAAAAGUAGAUAUCUUUUGAAAGGGUGAAUGUUCUUUUAUUGUCCCAAAAGGCUGGGUCUAAGAAUAAGGUUUUUCAAUUUACUAUAAAACUUUUCUCUUACUGUAUUGUUUUUGUGUUUUUCACUUCUCACUUGUACAUAAACAUGUUUAAAUAUUGUUGUAGUUUGGGGUUCUGCAAAGGGAACAAUAUAAUACAGGACACAUUUUUAUGAGUAUUUAUAUUAAAUCUCCCACAGAAUCAUGUACAAAGUAUACAAGAAAUCUGUCCACAUCCUAAAGACCAAAGACUCCAGCUGAGGGCCUGGGUCCCACAGUGACAUCCUGCUUGUGUCCAGUUGAAGGCUUAGGGUCCCUUAACAAGGCCCUCACGAGUCCACCUGGAGACCAAGAGCCCAUGACACUGUCACAUGCAGGCCUGUCUCACGGAUCAGCAAUGGGAAGGCCCAAGGUCAGCGGUGGAAGCUAGGAAAUCUGUGGCAGUGGGAUGAUCUGUGCUAUCAAGCUGAGGGACCUGGACUGGGGCCAUGAAGCAAUGUCCAGAACGUAAGAACCAGAGCUCUCCCUAAAAGGACCACAGCCAUCCUUAGCAGCAGUGAGGUCCCAAGCCCCUCCAAUGAUGAGCAAAGCCAAGUUCCCAUCCGCAAAGCAAAUGUAACAAGCUUCUCCAGGAGACUGAGCUAUGCACCAUCUUUCUCUUCGUAGCCAGGAAGCAGUGGUCGAAGUGAGAACUAGAGUUCCCCCGAAGUGAACCAUAGCCAUUCUUAGUGUCAAUGAGGUUUCGAACUCCUUCGGUGAUGAGAAUAGCUGAGUUCAUCACGAAAACCAGCAUGACAGGCUCCUCCAAGAGAACGAACAGCUCCCUCCAGCCUCUCCAACACCUUCCAACAGCUCCCCUAACAGUCUUCUCACACCUUUCUCUCCAGUUCUCCUUUUUAUUGCUGGCGGCAAUCCUCAAUCCACCACAAAUACUCAUACAUUAUGCAGUUUAUACUUAAGUGUAUCACAUAUUUCAUACAAUUGUUAUCUUUAUAUCUGAGCAUACACUAAACACACAUAAGAAUAGAAAUCAGUUAACAGUCAACGAGACGUUUUUGACAUGGCUUCUUGAAUGUAAGUUCUGCACCAAAGGAAAACAGAGUAACAUGACAAUACCUAUCAUUCACUGAAGGGACACUGUAUGAUAGACACUGCUUCAAUGCUUUGUAUGUGUUGUAGUAACAUAUUUAAUGCAACCCAUAGCCAAAGAAAAGGAGUAAUUCUGCCCAAGUCACAUUGCUAAUAAGUGGCAGGGCCAGGACUCAAAGGCCAGCACUCUAUUUCCUGGGUCUGUGCUCCUGAGCAUGGCCUUGGGCUCCUCCAGGGCUGCACACACUUGUUACCCGCAAAGCACUUAGCGGUACGAGUAACGAACCGAAGAGGACCAGCUAUUAUCCUCUCAUGCUUGCCUUCAUUUAGAAGUUUUUCAAAAUUAAGGGCUAAAAGGACAUCCAUUUUCGCCCAAGAAAAAACAAAUAUUUUUAUUGUUUUGUUAACCGUUUUGAAAGCAUAAUUGUUUAUGAACUAUGUCUGGUGAUUGUUAAUGAGACUGUAAUGAACUAUUCUUGGGUCCCUCAGUCAUGAGGAUAAUGAAUGGGAAUGUGUGUUCUGUGUUCUGAGCCAAGAUGUACAUAUUUUCAGUUGCUGAUCUGUACUUAGACAAGGCAGGCAUUCAGGAUGACAUCUGCUAUCACACAAUGGCCUGGGACAUGGAACUCCAAUUUCAGGCAUAUUUUCUUAAGUCACUUUAUGGAACUAAAGAUGGCUUUCUGUCACAGAAAAAAUUAAAUUACAGUAGAAUGCAGUGGGUUCUUUUCAAAAUCAAAUUAAGUUGGACUUUCACUGUCCACAUAAUGCGUUAAUAUGGCAUUACAUUUUAAGAUUUGUUACUCUAAUUGAUCCCUGUAAUGGGUAACAUUAUAUAUAUUCCUGAGGAAAACACACACAAAAUGAAAAGUGCUACUUUUCAGAGAGUAGCUGACUCCAACACUUAUACACAUACAUACAACCUCAGAAAUACAUACAUACAUACAUACAUACAUGCAUACAUACAUACCUACAACCUCAGAAAUUCAGAAUUACAUGACAGAAAAAAAAUCUGCACUUUAUAAUGUUCUUAUAAUCAUUGGUCUAAAAUUAGCUUUAUAAAAUUUUACUGUUAUAUAAAAGGGAAUUGAAAUGUGUUAUGUGCAUGUACUGACUCCUCAUGAAGAGCUCAAUCACUGUGUGAUGCAAACAUGCUGAUGAAAAGCAAAAGCUGGGGGAAAGUAGAAAUCCUAAGUUAUUUUUGUGUGAUUUUUCCUGCUUUGAGUUAGGCACUAAAAGAAGACACUCUCUUUUUUUUUUUUUUUUUUUUUGGAUAUACAUUAACUUUUAUGUGUUUUAACUAUUCUUUGUACUAAAUUUGAAAAUUUAAGCCCUAGUUUGCCCAGGAUAAAGCAAAAAGAAAUCCAAACUUAUGGCAUGGUACUUGCCACAAAAGUGAAGAAUCGUAUAAUAGUACAGCCCUGGUUUUCAGGCUGACUGAAUGGGUGUACAGAGGCUGUGCAGCCGGGAUGGCCCUGAGGACUGACACUUCCUGUCCAGCCUAUGAAAGUCCACUCCACCAGAGUCACAGCUGCAGUCGCUGCUGAGCAAGAGCUGUAAUGAAGCUGCGAGCUGCUGUUCCCACUACUGUGACAGACACCACGAUUCUGCGUAGGCUUUUGCAAGACCCUCAUUGUCUAAAUAUGUUGCUUAAAAGUCAAGGAAAUAAUAAUUUUGAGGAUCAAUGUUAGUUUAUUGGGCUCAAGGGAAAUAGGCUUCCAUGACAGUUAUAAGAUGUAUAAAUCUUUAAGAAGUUUAAUAGACAAACUGCCAGUGGCAUCAAUAUACUUAAGGGAAGGGAUGCUAAUUGUAUUAUGUUCCUUGAAAAAUAUUGUACAGAAUGAGAGCCUCUGAAGUAUUUUUUUAACCAAGAAUGAAGGAGAAAUUAUAUAGCUAUUUUUUCCUUUUAAAACAAGCGUAUGUAAAACAUUUUGUUUAGCCUUAAAGAUCCU